AUGUCUAAUACGGCCACUAGGGAAGCUGCUAAGAAGCUGGUGAAGAUUCUUGAAAAUCUUCCAGAAGAGAGAAUCAAACAUAUAGUGUCUUUCAAAGAUACUCAACUGGAACGAUUCCGUAACGUUGCUGGUUUGGAAUCGAGUUCAAAGGAAGUAAAGAAGCCCACGUUGAGGGAAAUCAAGGACAUCAUUAGCAGAACAUCUGGUCCACUAGGAUUAAAAAAGGACAUGAUGAAAAGAGUGAAUUCUACUUUGCUCGAAGAGCAGUUUACGGUUAGCUCGCUGGAGGAGCAAGUCAAAUCAUUGACUAAUAUCGUCAAUAACAAGUAUAAGAAUCAUUACGAUGUCGGAAAAAAGCUAUAUGAACCUGUAGGUAACCCAAGAUAUUAUUCAAGACUUUUAGACGAGUUAACUGGUAGAGGGACGGAGACCUUCUUUACCGCUUUGCGAACUGUAAUAUUCGGUAAAUAA